CAAGUAGCGCUUAAGACUGUCACUUGACAGGCCCAGCGAUAAUCAAAGCUCGCACGCACCCUUGAUAAUCGAUGAUCCCGGACAGUAUUCAUGCUGAUUAGGGGAACUCAGAUCAUAUUUUCUUCCUUUUUGCGUUCUGUCUUGUUAUGAUGAUAAUAUGAUCGUGUUAUGGCCGCCCGCACCGCCGCACAUGGUACAUUUGUUACUGUGUCUGUUGGACAUCUGCAAGCUGCUGUGGACGGUCCACUGUCUACCAAAUUUCCCUUUCUUAUCGCAGACCAAUGAGUCUCAUCCAUGGUAUUUGGAUGGGUUGAUUCCUGCUGACGUAGUGCCGACUUUCGUCCUUGCCUCGGAAUUUAAGUACUUUGCUGUCCGUGAUGGAAAUACGCAGUGCUACCCAAAUGAAAUGCAAUAACACCUGAUGCUGACGACAUGGGUAGCAAGUAACUUCAAGGGCUCAUAAAACCUUGCGAGGGUCACAACAG